GAGGCAUGUGGGCUAGCCGUGUCCUCUUUCGCCCGAAAUAUUAUAUUCAUGGCCUAUAAACACUGAAAGGAAGAGUCUUGCGAUUUCUCAGGCUUUGAAUGCUCAGUUUACCAACAUCGAAUCAACCCAAGAUUGUCUCUUUUGUUGGAGUAACUAGCAAAAUUUUUUUGACCCGUCUUUUCCAUUUCUUUAUUCAUUGAUGGGUUUAUAAUCCACAGAACGCUUCCUUGCUUGGCUUCUUCCGUCUGUUUUGGUCGUUUUUUUAAUGGUUCUUUCUUGAUUGAGUUUCGCGAGGGAGCUCGGACGCCUUUAAAUGGAGGACGGUCAGAUAAUCCGAAGCAAGUUCCGGAGGGUCUGCGUGUUCUGCGGAAGCAACUCUGGGCACAGACAAGUAUUCGGCGAUGCAGCUCUUGAACUAGGGGAUGAACUGGUGAAGAGGAAGAUGGAUUUGGUUUAUGGUGGAGGGAGUUUUGGGUUGAUGGGUUUGAUUUCCCAGAAAGCGUUUGAUGGAGGGUGCCAUGUUUUGGGGGUGAUUCCUAAAGCUCUCAUGCCUCUUGAGAUAUCCGGCCAGACUGUUGGGGAAGUACGGACCGUCCUUGACAUGCAUGAGCGCAAAGCUGUGAUGGCUCGUGAAGCAGAUGCCUUCAUUGCUCUUCCUGGAGGAUAUGGAACAAUGGAAGAAACUAUGGAAAUGAUAACCUGGUCCCAGCUUGGCAUUCACAAGAAACCAGUGGGUCUCCUCAAUGUUGAAGGGUACUAUGAUAGUCUGCUUGCUUUAUUUGACAAUGGUGUCAAAGAAGGUUUCAUCAAGCCCGGUGCCCGGGAUAUAGUGCUCUCUGCUCCUACUGCCAAAGAGCUUAUGAUAAAGAUGGAGCAAUACACCCCUUCCCAUGAGCAUGUUGCUCCGCAUGAGAGUUGGCAGAUGCACAAGCUUGGUGACUGUCCGCAGCAAUAAAUUACACAGGAGGUUUACAUACAAGGGAGGCAUUUUCAUGCUUGGGUUCAUGAUGUCAAUCAUUAUUCUUUUGAGUCGUUUGAAAGAGCUUAUUCGCACGGGCCCAGACAUUGUUUGUUCCUGCUAGGGACUGCAUCCCCAUCUAGCUUUUUCCCGGCACCAGUUAGUAUGGUCAAGUGUAGAACUGUUCUGCCAUCAUAUCAAUUGGUCGAUAGAUAAUACAGGAAAUUCAUUUUCAAAUUCUAAGGGGAUGAUGAUUUCUUUUGUUUCGAAUCUUCAAGCUUGUUAUGAUAUGUUUCUGCAAAGGAAUGCUUCAUGAUAGUGGAUGUUAUAGCAUGUUCUCGGGCGUUUGAGUGAAGAAUGUCAAGUGAAACUCGGUUGAGCUAAAAUAUUACAAAUUUCUUUGUUCCCCACCUUUGGAAGUGAAGUAAGUUUGGAAUGAUUCCUUCA